AUGCUUGUAAUAUCCGAUUCGCGCUCUUCAGAAUCAACGGAUUCGCGUUCUUCAGAAUCAACGGAUUCGAGUUCUUCAGAAAUUAAGAAGAUGACUUCCCUGCCGUUCAUCACUGAGGUCUCCAGCCCGAAAUCGAUAAAGAUGCCAAUUCUAAUGACAGUAGAUUCGCAUUCUUCUCACUCAACGGAUUCGAAUUCUUCCACAUCUUAA